UGCAGCUGGUGAUAGGUUGUACGAAAGUUCUGCUCCAACUACAUAGACUAGAAAACUAGAAAGAUUUAACCAGGACAGUUAACAAGUUCCAAAUUGAGAGUAGCAAAAUUGGAUUCGCAAUGCCUCAAGAACAAGAUGAUUUUUUUACUUUCCCGUAUCCUGAAGCCAGACGGGAUGAAUCGAUCAUAGAAGAGUUCCAUGGUGUGAAGGUGUCCGAUCCAUACCGCUGGUUGGAAGAUCCCGAUUCGGAAGAAACCAGAGCGUACGUGGAGAAGCAAAACCAAAUCUCCCAAACCUUCCUGGAGCGAUGUCCCGAGUGGGACAAACUGAAUGAGAAUCUAACUAAGCGGUGGAAUUACCCCAAGUAUUCGUGCCCAUUUAAGAACGGCGAUCGGUACGCCUUUCAGAAAAACACCGGAUUGCAGAAUCAAGACGUGUUGUAUAUCCAGGACUCGCUGGAUGCCGAACCAAUGGUUUUCCUGGAUCCUAAUGCGUUAUCUUCCGAUGGUACUGUUGCGUUGGCUGACUUCCAAUUUUCCGAAGAUGGGAAUCUUUGUGUGUACGGCCUCAGCCAGAGUGGAUCCGACUGGACCACACUCAAAGUCCGCGAUGUAAACAGCGGCGAAGAUUUCCCCGAAACGUUAGAAUACACCAAGUUCCUGAGGACAUCGUGGACCACGGAUAACCAAGGUUUCUUCUACUCACGCUAUCCUGCGAUGGAUGGAAAAUCUGACGGUUCCGAGACGGCACCUAACGAGAAUCAGAAGAUUUACUAUCAUCGGGUUGGGGAAGCCCAGAACAAGGAUGUGCUGAUUGCCGAAUUUCCUGAGAAGCCCUCAUGGAGUUUAGCACCGGAUGUAUCUGAUUGUGGCAAAUAUUUGCUGUUGUACAUCAUGGAGGGCAUUGGAAGUACGUUGCUGUACUUCAGCAAACUGGGAAAAUCCGAAGAUAUCACUGGGAAGCUAGAGUUUGUUAAGGUCGUUACGGAAUUAGAUAGCGAAUAUGAUUACAUCACCAAUGAGGGCAGUAUUUUCAGCUUCCGCACGAACAAAAACGCUCCAAACUAUCGUUUGGUGAAUAUCAACUUUGAUAGCCCCACUUCCGAGAACUGGGAGACAUUGGUCCCGGAGCAUGAGACAAACGUGCUUGAGUGGUCGUACUGUGUCGAUCAGGAUAAAAUUGUUCUAGGUUACCUGAAUGAUGUGAAAUCGGUGAUGCAGGUGCACAAUCUAAUCGAUGGUAGCUUCGUGUCGAGGUUCCCGCUGGAGAUUGGCACCGUGUCGGCUUUCAGCGGUAGAAAAAAGUACUCGGAAAUAUUUUUCCGCUUUGUGUCUUUUUUGACACCGGGUAUUGUCUUCCAUUAUGAUUUCGCAACGGAUCACGCGGAACCAACUAUCUUCCACAAGAUACAGAUUGAGAACUUCGACAGCAAUCUCUACAAGGUCGAACAAGUUUUCUACAAAAGUAAGGAUGAGGAAAGUAUUCCAAUGUUUAUUAUACAGAAGAAAACAGAGCAGCAGAAACAAAAACCAUGCCUUCUAUUUGGAUAUGGAGGUUUCAACAUUUCCAUUCAGCCGUCUUUCAAAGUAGGAGGUCUGGUGUUCAUCGAUUCUUUCGAUGGAAUUUUAGCGUACCCCAAUAUUCGAGGUGGCGGCGAAUAUGGCGAGCGGUGGCACAAUGGCGGACGCUUGCUCCAGAAACAGAACACCUUCGACGAUUUCCAAUAUGCGGCGCAGUUUCUGGUCGAGAUCGGUUACACGCGACACAAUCAAAUCGUUAUCCAGGGUGGUUCCAAUGGAGGUCUACUGGUUGGAGCCUGCAUAAACCAGCGUCCGGAUUUGUUCGGAGCUGCAGUUGCUCAAGUCGGGGUGAUGGACAUGCUUCGCUUCCACAAGUUCACGCUCGGGAAGGGGUGGGUCACCGACUACGGUGACAUCGUGGUGAAGGAGCACUUCGAGAAUUUGUACCGGUAUUCUCCGCUGCACAAUGUGCACAGGCCACAAAACGAAAGCGAACAGUACCCGGCGACACUGGUACUAACCGCGGAUCACGACGAUCGCGUAAGUCCGCUACACACGCUGAAAUUCGUCGCUGCAUUACAUCAUGCCGUUAAGGAUUGUCCCUAUCAGAAGAAUCCGUUGCUGUUGCGUGUGUACAGCAAGGCCGGCCACGGGGCAGGUAAGCCGACAGCGAAACGAAUUGAGGAAGCCACCGACGUUUUGACGUUCAUGUUCAAAGCCUUGAAAUGCAAACUAAAUUGUUAAGAGCGAGACUUUCAGUGCCAAGCAGAGGAAUAUGCUUCUUGUUAGUUGUUAUUGCAAUGCAGUCAUUAUGACAACGGUUUGAAUGAAACGAGGUGAAUACCAAUUGUCGACCAUCGGGGCACUUAACCAAACCAUAGAGAACCUGAACUAAUGAUCUAGCUUCCCAAUAAAACAAUAAAUAAGCGCCAACUGUACCGCAUUAAUCAUGAGUAAAUAUCAUAACAUAAUAUAGACAACACAGUGAGAUUCAAUCACACUUGGGAAAGGGACCCCAUUUAACAAAAUAAUAAUAUUAACCAGACACAAACGUGUCAAAUGUAAUUCAUAAACAAAAGCAAUAAAUUAAAUCUCUA